AAUAAUAAUAAUAAUAAUAAUAAUGAUAAUAAUAAUAAUAAUAAUAAUAAUAAUAAUAAUAAUAAUAAUAAUAAUAAUAAUAAUAAUAAUGAUAAAAAUAAUAAUAAUAAUAAAAAUGAUAAUAAUAAUAAUAAUAAUAAUAAUAAUAAUAAUAAUAAUAAUAAUAAUAAUAAUAAUAAUAAUAAUAAUAAUAAUAAUAAUAAUGAUAAAAAUAAUAAUAAUAAUAAUAAUGAUAAUAAUAAUAAUAAUAAUAAUAAUAAUAAUAAUAAUAAUAAUAAUAAUAAUAAUAAUAAUAAUAAUGAUAAUAAUAAUAAUAAUAAUAAUAAUGAUAAUAAUAAUAAUAAUAAUAAUAAUAAUAAUAAUAAUAAUAAUAAUAAUAAUAAUAAUGAUAAUAAUAAUAAUAAUAAUAAUAAUAAUAAUAAUAAUAAUAAUAAUAAUAAUAAUAAUAAUAAUAAUAAUAAUAAUAAUAAUAAUAAUAAUAAUGAUAAUAAUAAUAAUAAUAAUAAUGAUAAUAAUAGUAAUAACAAUAAUACUAAUAAUAAUAAUAAUAAUAAUAAUAAUAAUAAUAAUAAUAAUAAUAAUAAUAAUAAUAAUAAUAAUAAUAAUAAUAAUGAUAAUAAUAAUAAUAAUAUUAAUAAUAAUAAUAAUGAUAAUAAUAAUAAUAAUAAUAAUAAUAAUAAUAAUAAUAAUAAUAAUAAUAAUAAUAAUGAUAAUAAUAAUAAUAAUAAUAAUGAUAAUAAUAAUAAUAAUAAUAAUAAUAAUAAUAAUGAUAAAAAUAAUAAUAAUAAUAAUAAUGAUAAUAAUAAUAAUAAUAAUAAUAAUAAUAAUAAUAAUAAUAAUAAUAAUAAUAAUAAUAAUAAUAAUAAUAAUAAUAAUAAUAAUAAUACGAAUAAUAGUAAUAAUAAUAGUAAUAAUAAUAGUAAUAACAAUAAUAAUAAUAAUAAUAAUAAUAAUAAUAAUAAUAAUACUAAUAAUAAUAAUAAUAAUAAUAAUAAUAAUAAUAAUAAUAAUAAUAAUAAUAGUAAUAAUAAUAGUAAUAACAAUAAUACUAAUAAUAAUAAUAAUAAUAAUAAUAAUAAUAAUAAUAAUAAUAAUAAUAAUAAUAAUAAUAAUAAUAAUAAUAAUAGUAAUAAUAAUAGUAAUAAUACGAAUAAUAGUAAUAAUAAUAGUAAUAAUAAUAGUAAUAACAAUAAUAAUAAUAAUAAUAAUAAUAAUAAUAAUAAUAAUAAUAAUAAUAAUAAUAAUAAUAAUAAUAAUAAUAAUAAUAAUAAUAAUAAUAAUAAUAAUAGUAAUAAUAAUAGUAAUAACAAUAAUACUAAUAAUAAUAAUAAUAAUUAUAAUAAUAAUAAUAAUAAUAAUAAUAAUAAUAAUAAUAAAUUUCGAUUGCUAAACACUACACACAAAGUAACAAAAUGA